GCUCCUCUGCCACAUGGCAGUGUGCACGGCGGCAUCUGCUGGUCUCUCUUUUCUCCUCUGGGUUUCAUUCCUUUCAGCUUCUUGCUUCUGUGGUUCCCUCUCUCUCCCCCUCUCUCCUCAUAGGCCUGCCAUCAGCCCCAUGAGGGAAUGCUUCAAUGACUCCUCCCCAAUUCAAGCCUGGAGAGGACUGAGAUAAGGACAGCAUGGCAGCCUGUGAGAGAGUCUGAGCCCGAGGCACCCUGCUAAGCUACGCCUGCACUCCGGACCCCAGAAACUCAAUCAUUGGCCCUCAGCACGAUGGCUUCUCAGUUGCUGGCUUAUGUGGCAGUUUUGGUUUUCUGUGUCUUAAACGUCAGCUCCCUGGAGACGUUUAUUGCAGCUGUUUAUGAGCAUGCGGUGAUACUGCCUAAAGCCACGCUGAUAGCUGUGUCCCGUGAGGAGGCAUUGGCUCUCAUGAACCAAAAUUUGGACCUUUUGGAGGGAGCGAUCACAUCUGCAGCAAAGCAGGGUGCACAUAUUAUUGUGACUCCAGAAGAUGCGAUUUAUGGCUGGAACUUCAACAAGGAAACUAUCUAUCCAUACUUGGAGGAUAUCCCAGACCCUCAAGUAAACUGGAUCCCUUGUAACGAUCCCAACAGAUUUGGCCACACGCCAGUGCAAGAAAGGCUCAGCUGCCUGGCCAAGAACAGCUCUAUCUACGUUGUGGCAAAUAUUGGGGACAAAAAACCCUGCAAUGCCAGUGACCCUCAGUGUCCCCGUGACGGCCGUUACCAAUACAACACUGAUGUGGUGUUUGAUUCAGAGGGCAGGCUGGUGGCACGCUACCACAAGCAAAACCUAUUCAUGGGUGAAGAUCAAUUCAAUACACCCAAGGGGCCUGAGAUGGUGACUUUCGACACCACCUUCGGAAGGUUUGGCAUUUUCACCUGCUUUGAUAUUCUCUUCCAUGAGCCUGCGGUUACCCUGGUGAAAGACUUCCAUGUGGACACCAUUCUCUUCCCGACAGCAUGGAUGAAUGUUUUACCACAUUUGUCAGCUGUCGAAUUCCACUCUGCCUGGGCGAUGGGCAUGGGAGUGAAUUUCCUUGCAUCCGAGAUACAUUAUCCCCCAUAUAAUAUGACAGGAAGUGGCAUCUAUGCACCCGAUUCUCCAAGAGCAUUUCAUUAUGAUAUGAAGACAAAGGAGGGAAAGCUCCUCCUUGCACAGCUGGAUUCCCAUCCACGCCGCUCGGGCGCAGUGAACUGGACCUCUUAUGCCAGUGGCAUAAAAACAGUCUCAACGGGGAACUGGGAGUUUAAGGGCCUUGUCUUUUUUGAUGAGUUCACCUUCGUGGAGCUCAUGGGAAGCACUGGAAAUUACACAGUUUGUCAGAAAGAUCUCUGCUGCCAUCUAAACUACCAGAUGUCUGAGAAGCGACCCGAUGAAGUUUAUGCCCUAGGGGCAUUUGAUGGACUACAUACUGUUGAAGGAACCUAUUAUCUACAGAUUUGUACUCUGUUAAAGUGUAGAACAACUGAUGUAAGGACUUGUGGUGACUCUGUUGAAACUGCUUCUACCAGAUUUGAAAUGUUCUCCCUCAGUGGCAAUUUUGGCACCCAAUAUGUCUUCCCUGAGGUGUUGCUGAGUGAAAUUCAGCUUGCACCUGGAGAAUUUCAGGUGUCAAGCGAUGGACGCUUGUUCAGCCAGAAGCCAACAUCAGGGCCUGUCUUGACAGUGACGCUGUUUGGGAGGGUGUAUGAGAGGGAUUUGACACCAGAUGCUCCAGCAGGCCUACAGCAGAAGCACUGAGGCUGAUGAUAACUGUUAUAAUAUCUACUACGUCCUCAUUAAGUUGGUAGAAUAUUUACAUUCUCCCUUUCCCUCUCUCUUGUAUCAAUCAUUUUUAUAAGGAUGGAUGCUAGAGGAAAAAAGAAUGGGUUUGAAUUUUUUGAUCCUGGUCUCAGGUAUAAGUGAAUUACUAAUAUAUAUUUCUCUUUAUUCAGUUACACACAUACACACAGACACCUGAUGAUAUACACCGGAUGAACAGUAACAAUAUUUUGAAAGGUAAAAUCUGCAAAAUGAGAAUAACAAUUGUAACCACUUCUUAGUUAUUUUGGUGAGAAUUAAGUAAAUAAAAAUUUAAAGUGCUUGGAUAUGUUCCUGCUCAUGGAAUUCACUUGAUAUAUGUUAGUUAUUUCAGUUACAUAUGACAGCAAAAAGAAAACCAAUUGUGAUGUAUUUAUUGCCAAAAUUAUAUUACCUCUUAUUGUUUAAAGUGCAUACAUUUGCUAGUGGUUGAUCCCCAGAGUAUUUCAAUUAGAAGAUCGAUGAAAUCAACACAAGCUGAUUGGCUUCAGAAGGAAGUCUAGCACUGACAUAGAACAGAAGGCAGUUGGUUUGUCUCAGGGCCCAUGAGAAGGCCUUCACAUUUUGUGUGUGUUUUUCAGAAGCGAGUUGUUCCCUGUCGAGGACUUUGCCUUUCUUCCCAGCCUAUAGGCCGAUUAAUAGGAUGACUCUAAGGUGGAGGUGUCAAAUCCAGCCUAUUGCCUGGUUUUUGCAUGGCCUGUGAACUAAGAAUGGAUUUUACAUUUUUAAAUGGUUGAAAAAAAAUCAAAAGUAGAAUAAUAUUUUGCAACCUGUGAAAAUUGCAUGAGAUUCAAAGUCCAUACAUAACAUUUUAUUGGAACAUAGUCAGGCUUAUCUGUUAUUGUCUGUGGUUGGCUUUGUGCUAUGAGGGCAGAAAUGAGUAGUUAAAACAGACAGACAAAGACCCAAAAAGUUGAAAACAUUGACUACUUGACUCUUUACAGAAAACGCUUUUGGACUCCUACUCUAAAGCAUUAAAAAGUAAUGGAAUUUAUGAAAAAAUGCUCAACUUCACUGGCUAUUAGGUAAAUGCAAAUCAAAACCACAAUGAGAUAACAUCUCACACCUACCGGAAUAGCCAUUAUCCAAAAAACAGAAAAUUACAAGUGCUGG